UUGUGGGUGAUAUCGAAUUCUUCUAUGAAGAGAGUGGUCUUAGUGGUCUCGAUCCCACAAACCACACGACCGUGGUGUUUACUCACCGUAUGGGGUUCAAUGGCGUUGUUUUCCGAGAGCUCUUUCCUUUCGGUGCGGGCCAUAACUAUCGCCUGGUUAGCCUCUGCAGGCGGGGGUAUGGAUCCAGCACGCCGUGAUCUGCAAAAUAACCGAAGCCACUCCAAAGUUCUGACAACGAUCUCAAGGAAUACCUACGUCUAGCCGGUCUAUCAUCAGGUUCCUGCCGACUUUCGCUGCUUCCCAGUCAAUUCCCAAGUAUGCGAACGCACAGAGGACUGGCGGGAUCAUUCUUAUUGGGUGGUCUUUUGGUGUUUUGUACCCCGGUACUGCUUUAACCAGCCAAGACGCACUGACAACCGAGGAACUACGUGAUCUAGAGAGCUACCUCCACACGGUUGCUUACUACGAUAUGAGCUUAGUAACAAUGGGCUUACCAAGCCCGAGGCCUUACCAGUCGUUUCUUUUUGCGCCUACCGUCGAAGAAUGAUGGGAGAU